UUCUGUGCUGGGAGAGCAGCAGUGAACCCACAUGCACCUCCAAACAAUUUUUUUCUUGUGAUUUUAAGGGAGAUUUUAUUUAGAGGCGGUGCUUGUUGGCUCCAGAGUAGCGUCGUAGCGACGACACUUCUCCCUCAGUCCCUGUUAAAAGAGUUUGGCCAGGGCCAGUUGGUGCCGGGGGGUCGCCUAUAGCUUAGUACUAUCCUGGGGGGUGAUUGCUGCGUCUUUUUUUUUUAAAUCCCAGCAGAUUUUUUUCUAUUUUAUUUUUUAUUUUAUUUUUUAAAUUUUUUUCUACUUCUCUGAAUAUCGCCAUUCUCUCACUCUAAGAUCUGAUACCCCUUCGAGAUUUUUCCUUUCAGAUCAUGAACAAACUAUAUGUUGGGAAUUUAAGUCCUUCGGUCACUGUCGAGGACUUGAAGCAGCUCUUUGGGGAGAGGAAGCUGCCAGUGGCCGACCAGGUCCUACUGAAAUCCGGCUAUGCUUUUGUGGACUUCCCCGAUCAGAACUCGGCCAUAAAGGCUAUAGAGACUCUUUCUGGUAAAGUUGAAUUACACGGAAAGGUGAUAGAGGUAGACUACUCUGUUCCCAAAAAACUAAGGAGUCGGAAGAUCCAGAUCCGGAACAUUCCCCCUCAUCUACAGUGGGAGGUUUUGGAUGGCCUUCUAGCUCAGUAUGGUACUGUAGAAAAUGUGGAACAAGUGAACACUGAUACAGAAACAGCAGUGGUGAAUGUUACAUACGCAACCAAGGAGGAAGCUAAAGUAGCCAUCGAGAAGUUGACAGGACACCAGUUCGACGACUACUCCUUCAAGGUGUCAUAUAUCAUGGACACGGAUGCUGCUCCACCUGUCCAGGCUCCCCGCACGCGUCGUGGGGGUCGAACUUCCCGGGACCAGGGCUCCUCUCAGCCCGGGCCAUCAGGAGGCUACGGAUCUCCACGCCCCAGACAACACGACUUCCCACUGCGCAUGCUCGUGCCUACUCAGUUUGUGGGAGCCAUCAUCGGCAAGGAAGGCAACACCAUCAAGGAUGUCACCAAACAGACGCAGUCAAAGGUAGACAUUCAUCGGAAGGAAAAUGCAGGUGCAGCUGAAAAACCCAUCACCAUCCACUCAACACCCGAGGGCUGCUCCGCCGCCUGUCGCAUGAUCCUGGACAUCAUGCAGAAGGAGGCCAACGAGACCAAGACGACGGAGGACAUCCCUCUGAAAAUCCUUGCCCACAACAGCCUUGUGGGUCGGCUGAUUGGCAAAGAGGGUCGCAACCUGAAGAAGAUCGAGGAGGAGACAGGGACCAAGAUAACCAUCUCCUCGUUACAAGACUUAACUAUUUACAACCCUGAGAGGACCAUCACGGUGAAGGGCAGCGUAGAUGCGUGUUGUAAAGCUGAGAUGGAAAUCAUGAAGAAGCUGAGGGAAGCCUACGAGAAUGAUAUUGCUGCUAUAAAUCAACAGGCCAACUUGAUCCCGGGCUUGAACCUGAACGCUCUGGGCAUCUUCUCCUCUGGUCUGCCGGUGCUUCCCCCUGCUGCUGGACCACGUAGCGCUGUGCCUGCUGUGGCGCCAGCAGGGUACAACACAUUCUUAAGUCACUCUUCACAUCUCAGUGGCCUGUAUGGGGUUCCUCCAGCAAGUGCCAUCCCCCACCAGCACUCACAACAGGCUCCAGAACAGGAGGUUGUCUACCUCUUUAUUCCAACUCAGGCAGUCGGGGCCCUGAUCGGCAAGAAGGGUCAGCACAUCAAACAACUUGCCCACUUUGCCGGAGCUUCCAUCAAGAUCGCUCCGGCUGAGAGUCCAGAUGUUACUGAGAGGAUGGUCAUCAUUACUGGAACACCAGAAGCUCAGUUUAAGGCCCAAGGUCGGAUAUUUGGAAAGCUGAAAGAGGAAAACUUCUUCUCUGCGAAGGAGGAGGUCAAACUGGAGACGCACAUAAAGGUUCCCUCAAGUGCAGCUGGCAGGGUCAUCGGUAAAGGUGGUAAGACGGUAAACGAGUUGCAGAACCUUACGAGCGCGGAGGUCAUCGUACCGCGGGACCAAACUCCUGAUGAGAACGACGAGGUCUUUGUGAAAAUCAGUGGGCAUUUCUUUGCCAGCCAGACUGCACAGAGGAAGAUCCGGGAGAUCAUUCAGCAGGUCAAACAGCAGGAACAGAAGCACCAGCAGGGCGCCGCUGUGUCACCGCACCACUCCAAGUGACCAGCCGGGUGGCUCCAGUGGGCACCAGCCAAUGAAUGUAGCCCUCCCAAAUGAACAGAGACCUAUCCAGACUAAGGCCAAGGCCAAGGGGGACAUGCAGGGCUGACCAGCAGCACCGGGAUCAAAACCAAAGAACUUCGCUAGGGGGGACACAAGUGAGAGCCAAAGGCUGAGGGCAUUGUGUGCACUGCCAGCCCUGUGAGAGCAGAUAGAUUGGGAGAAAUCGUACUGAAGCUUAAAAAAAAAAAAAUUAAUAAAGAAACAAAAAGACCAAAAAAAAAAA